AUGAGGACCGUGUGCCUGUGGGCUCUGCUGCUGCCUCUGCUCUGCCAGCUGUACCCAGGGGCCCGGGCGCACAGCCUGGCACGAGCCGCCGCCGCCACAGACCUGGACCAGCUCAAGUCGGUGCUUCAGCGCCUGGAGGCGAGUCUGUCUGCGGCGCCCGACGAGGAGGCGGAGCCUGGGGACUACGCGCCGGAGCCCGGGAGGGGGGCGGGGUUCAGGGGGUCGGAGGAGGCGGAGCCCGGGAGCGUGAGGGGGGCGGGGUCUGAGGAGCCCAGUCCGAGGAGUCAGCUGCUGGACCUGCUCCUCAGCGCUCGCCGCUCCUCGUCCGGCUGCUUCGGCGCUCGGAUGGAUCGGAUCGGAAACGCCAGCGGCCUGGGCUGCGGCAGAGGUCAGAGGUCACACUAG